GUAUCAUUAUGUAUUUAAUGAACCGCCUUUUAGGGAUAGAAAGUUUGAUAGAGGUUUAAAAUUCGCCGAGCGGUGUUGUGAUGCCGAUCCUGAUAAGCGUCCUGAUGCAUGGAGACUUUCGAAUGAUAUUUACGGUCUUAUUAUAAAGUCAAAGAAGGAGAAUUCUGAUGACAACACGUGGAAUACUAUCUAUCAUAAUGAUGUAAACCGCUAUCACGUCUCGAGAAGGAGAUUAUCUCCCUUAUCAGAUUUCACUUUAAAGGUAGACUUAGGGGAAGAUGGCGAGGAGUAA